AUGACCAGAAAAGAUUCCUCUUCUUCCUCGGUUACAACCGAUAACAAACCCCUUCAUCCCGUUUACUCCGUAACCAUCGUUCAGAAUAAAGUCAUAAUUCUAGACGGAGAGAAGGUCACCUACACGGCAUGGUUGAAACUUUUUAAACUUCACGCAAAAGGCUACGAGGUCUUGAAACAUAUCGAUGGAACCAAGCCGCCAGCAGAGACCGACGAUGACUAUGAAUCAUGGGCCAAAAUAGACUCUAUCAUCUUACAGUGGAUCUACGGAACACUUUCAGAUGACCUCUUGGUUCGUAUCUUGGAUGAUCAGUCAACCGCUCAACAAGCUUGGAAUAAACUUUAG